CUGCCCGGCGGGGGCGGGGCCAGGGAACAGUGGCUCCACGUGGUCUCUUCCGCAGGCUCAGCGCCUGCAGCAUGGAGCGGGCGGCGCUGCGGGGGCUGCCGCGGUUCCAGUGCCCCCCGGAUUUCUCCCCGAGCCCCUUCAGACCCGGGACGCCCUUCGCCCCCGAGGAGCUGCGGGGCAAGGAGCUGUGGCUGAUCCGAGCGCCCGCUGAUUUCAGCCCGGACAGCCUGAAUGGCUGCGCUGUGCCCCUGGUCGGGUUCCAGACGUUGAAGACAAAGUUUGAUGGGACGCAGCAGGUCUUCGACAUCCACAGUGCCCUGGAGGAGUCGGGCAGCCCCUAUUUGCUAGUGUCCUCAACCCACUCUGACCAGCUCUCCUGCGCAGCCUCCUUCCACGGCUGCAUGCGCAUCUGCGAGAGAUUUGGGGACCCCAGCAGCAGGAGCCCUGGCCAGGCUGUCACAGCCAGGCCUGCCCCCCAGGUCCCAGAGGGCCUCCGGCAGCGUUUCCUGCCCUUUGGGAGCAGCCCGAAGCAACAGUGCCCAGAGGCAGCCACGUCCACGCCAGCGACAGAUGUGCUGGGGUCUGCCAGGAAGAAGAAGAAGAAAAAGAGAGUGAAAGAGGAGCCCAUGGAGCUGCUGGUGUCGAUAAAGCAGGAGCCUCCCGGGGAGCCCUGGGGCUGGGGGAGCGGUGAUCCUGGCCCUGAACCCCCCAGAGCGGAGGAUGAUGGCUUGAGGGGGGCAGAGGAGCCCACUCCGGGGCACCUGAGCCCCAAGCACAAGAAGAAGAAAAAGAAAAAGAAACACAAGUACGAGGCUUUGGAGAGGGCAGUCUGGCCAUGCAAGGCCGAACGGCUGGACCUCAGCUCCAUAAAGCAGGAGUGAAUGUGGCUAAAGCCUCAGGGCAGGGGUUUGGUUGAAGACGUGUGGUGGGCACGUCCCAUCACUGCUCUGAGCCCUGUGGUGUCCGCCUGCUGCAGAGAUGGGAAUGGCAGCUUCACAUGGGGUGCCCCAGACUACCAGUCUAAAGUGCCAGUGUUCCUCUGUGGGCAUUAGGUGCAUCAGGCCCCAUGCUCCUGCAGGGCCACCCAGCGGUGCCAGUGCAGUGCCUGCUGCCAUAGGAAUAAACAGGAGGCCUUGGUGAGUCCAGGCAGAGGGGACACGUUCUGGGCCGCAGCUGACGACUGUGUGGCCAGGCUGCUCUUGGUGUUAGUGGGAGGUACUGGCUGAACCCUGCUGGCUGCGGGAUCCUGCCUGAGGCUGGGAGGGGCUGCAGGGAGUUGUGCUGUGUCUCUGCCUUCAAUUAUAAAUGCAAGUACACGCGG